CUGGUUGGCACAGAAUACGUUACAAUUGUGUGAAAAAAAGAGAUAAACUUCCGGAUUUAUACAAAUUCAAUAAAAUGUCCAGAUUCAGUAUGACAUUUGUAUUAGCUUAUAUGUGUCAAAUAUCAACCAAAAAUUUCUUUUUCAAUGGCUGAAAACAAAAUCCCAUUCUCUUAAAGGACUUAAUCAUAUUGAACAGUGGAAAAUGUUGAAUAAUGACUAAACUGUCAUAUCUUACAGAAAAUUUCUCAACCACUCUGUUAAUAUUACUAUCCAUAUUAGUUUUACUGAAUACUUAUAGUCAUGUACAAUGCAGUAUAACUACAGCAUGGAUGGAAGAAAGAUUAUUCGAUCGUGCACGAUGCAAAGCAAACUGCUUAAGAUUGUUCAAUAAUCCAACGGAACAAGAAGUAUUUCAUAACAAGUGGAGAAAUGAUAAAAUCAGCGAUUUAGAUUGGUCGAUGUGUUUUGAAGAAUCCCGUGAACAGUGUAGUUCUGGAGUAAGUGAUCAAUUAAUAGAUGUUUUAUUUUUUCCUAAAUAUGUAUGUUUCUCAGAAGGAUAAUAUUUUUCCCACGUCUCAAUGUUAUAAGGCAAACUACUCUUGAAAUGGUACUUUGUUAG